ACUUGCGUGCACUGAGUUACAUCACCAAGCUUGCCGACCGGUGUUCCUGUUUCCUGAACAUUCAUUUUCUUCGUACGUGCGAGUUGAGAGCCCGUGGGACUUGUGUGGUUGGACAUUUGGCUCCUAAUUCUCUCAAAUAUCAUAACAGGUUAUAAACAGUCACGAUGUCUGCCUACGAGGAAAACGAGUCCAAAUUUAUAAGGAAAGCCAAGGAAAAUCCAUUCGUACCAGUGGGAAUGGCAGGCUUCUUCGCCAUUGUGGGUUACAGAUUGUGGAAGUUAAAAAGUCGCGGGGACACUAAAAUGUCCGUGCACCUGAUCCACAUGCGGGUGGCAGCCCAAGGCUUUGUAGUGGGAGCCAUGACCGUGGGUGUCAUUUAUUCGAUGUAUAGAGACUUCUUUGCCAAACCAAGAGAAGAACAGAACCAAACAAAAUCCAAGUGAACGAAGACUUGACUCCUUUUAUUUAUUAUCCCUUAAUAUUACCUCAUAUUAAGGUUUAUUUUUCUAUAAAUACGUCACACCGUUGGGUGCCCUCAAAAUAAAUAAGAUUUGACUACGUGUAUACAGAAAAGUACUGUUUGUAAACUAUCACCUCCUCCACAGUUUCCAGUUAAAAUUACUUAAGCUUAUUCAUUUUUGUUUUGAAUUUAAAUGGCGUGGGAGUGUUUUAUUAAUAAUUGAAGUUUAAAUAUAAUUAUAGAACUGCGAGUGGGCUAGGACUGCAUUGGAAAAUAAUUUUCCCUUUAUGUUUUUGUCUUGUACAAUACAAUUUUAUUGUUAAUGUGCUGAGAUUUUUUUUUUUUUUUGCCAAAUCAAAAAACACCU